UUUGAGGAUUAUAUGAAAGCUCAUAGAGAAAUAAAUGACAACCACCUUAAUAAAGUAUGUCGAAUAUUUUUAACCUUAAACGAUAGUCUUGUAUAUUUAUCUUCUUUAUGAAAAAGUAUGACUACACGAAUAUAAAACUUCUGAAAAAAUAUGAACAAACUAAAUUUGAUUGAAUCUUCGCUUUAUUUUAGGUAUUAUUGUUAUCGUUAAAAGCUGGUGGUGAAGGUUUAAAUUUGAUUGGUGGUUGUCAUUUAUUUCUCUAUGAGCUUUCAUAUAAUCCUCAAAACGAACAACAAGCUUGUGAUCGAAUCUAUCGUAUUGGACAAACACGUGAUGUUUAUAUUUACCGUCUUCUGAUUCGUUCAUCAAUCGAAGAACGAAUUUGUGAAUUACAAGCGAAAAAAUUACAAUUAUCCAGUGAUGUUUUACGUGGAUGUGUCGAAAAAUUUACAUUAAAACUCGAAGAUAUUGCUUUUCUAUGUUCAUAA